AUGGACGGCACCCUCGCUGCCCCGUUGCCAUCUGUGCCCGCUGUAGGCGUCGCAAAGGCUACUGCCCCGGCUGCUGUUGAGGGGGAACCUGUAGAGGCAGGUGGGGACUUUGCCUCUAUUUUUGCUGAGAUCGAGGCCUUGGGCUUGACCCCAACCACUGAGGGAGUGGAUGCCCCCCUGUUAGAAGGCCUUGACUACCAGGGCCAUUGUCUGCAGAUAGCGUCUUACACUUUUGUCACAAGAAUGUCACAAGAUGUUCCGGUGAACGCCAUUGUUCGGGUGGCUUACUCUCGGGCUGUGAAGCCCUUGCAGCUGCAGCGGUAUGGACCAAAUGGUGAACGAUCACUACGGCCAACCAUUUCGCUAAGCAUUGAAGAAGAUCCAGAUAACUCACAUCCAAGAGUUUUUAAAAUGCUGGCUGAGGAGCUCACUGGACAGUUACUGUUGAUUUGCAAUACGCCUUGGAACACCAGGAUGGAGCCUGUGACUGGAAUAGAGAAGGAAAACCAGUCCAGGAUACAGGAAUUUAUCCUCCUGGGAUUCCCCGGCAGUCAAUAUUUGCAGAUAUCUCUCUUUGUGGUGUUUAGCAUGAUGUACAUCCUGACAGUUGCAGGAAAUGUUGCCAUCAUAGUCCUAGUGAAGGCCCACCAUCAUCUCCACACCCCCAUGUACUUCUUACUUUGCAACCUCUCCUUCCUGGAGAUAUGGUACACCACAGCCUGUGUCCCCAAGACAAUUGCAAUCUUCCUGGGGAAAAGCAGAACCAUCCCCUUUGGUAGCUGCAUCCUGCAGAUGUACUUCAUUUUCUCCCUGGGUUGCACAGAGUAUUUCCUUUUGUCUGCCAUGGCCUAUGACCGCUAUCUGGCCAUUUGCUACCCAUUGCACUAUAGAACCAUCAUGAACAGCACCAAGUCUGCUCAGCUGGCCCUUGGUUCUUGGAUGUCUGGUUUUCUGGCUAUUUCUAUCUCAGCAUCUCUGAUAGCCAGGUUAUUCUUCUGCAGCUCUAACGUCAUCAAUCAUUUCUUCUGUAGCAUAGAUUCCUUGAUCAUUCUCUCCUGCACAAACAACUCGGUGAUUGAGAUGACAGCUUUCCUCAUCUCGAUCAUUGUCAUCCUAGGAACAUGUUCCAUAAUGCUGGUCUCCUACAUUUACAUAAUCUCCACUGUACUGAGGAUCCCCUCGGCUCAAGGCCGGCAAAAGGUCUUUUCCACCUGCUCGGCCCAUCUUAUUGUCGUGACUAUCUGGUACAGCUCCACCAUCUUCCUCUAUGUCCGGCCUUCCAAACAGAGCUCCUUAGAAAUGAACAAGAUUGUCAACACUUUGAACACUAUUGUCACUCCAUUGUUAAACCCUUUCAUUUACACUCUGAGAAAUAAAGAGGUGAAGGAUGCUUUAUGGAAGGUAUUUGGUGGGACAUGA